CAUUCCUCCCAUUCCAGCCUCAGGGAACAAUCGCCUCUCAGUUAUUUAUCCACGCAGCUCGAAGCUUCACGCGCUCAGUUGUGCUUCUACCCAGUCAGCGCGCGCACAUGUCCACGAGCUCCCGGAAAACAGCGAUAGUUGGCGUUUUUGAAACCAGGGGCAGAUUAUUUAUUAAAAGAGAUACUCUUAUCGGUGUUCGCGGUGGAAUGAGGCGAGAUUGUUGAGGUGUCAACAUCAAGCUUGGUUUUUAUUUAAGUUGUGCACUGAUUUCUUAUUGACUGACAUGAGGACAGCCGAGGACUCCUCAGGAACAGUCUUGCACCGCCUCAUCCAGGAGCAGCUCCGCUAUGGGAACCUGACUGACACUCGCACUCUCCUGGCCAUCCAGCAGCAGGCCCUACGUGGAGGGAGCAGCGGCGGGGGCACGGGCAGUCCCCGCUCCUCCUUGGAGAGCCUCACUCAAGAGGAAACCCAGUACAUGCAGAUGUCGACGCGGCAGGAGCCCCAAGGACAGGAGCACCAAGGGGACUGCCUGCCCUCCGAGAGCCCCAUGUGUCAUCUGUACCAGCUCCACAGGGAGGAGCUGCCGACCUACGAGGAGGCCAAAGCGCACUCGCAGUACCUGAUCUCUCGGAGGGAAAAGUUGGAGCAGGACGGCCCCGGCGCGGAUGCGGUGGGAGUUCAAAGUGAGGGACAGUGGGAUCUGAAGCGGGAGCACGCUCGCUCCCUGAGCGAGAGGCUCAUGCAGCUCUCUCUGGAGAGGAAUGGACACAGAGACGCUUCGGCUCUGACCUCUUCCCACAGCUAUCCGCAGCUUUAUAGGAAUCUUGUUUUAAAUGCCGUGGUGCAUGACGGACAGGAGACCCAACAGGGCGCGGACCAGCGCGGCCCUCCUCCAGACUAUCCUCUAUGUGCCCGAGUUCCUGAGUACAUGCUCAGCUACUCACAGGAGCAUGUACAGUACCACAAAGACCCUCCUCCCCCAUUUUACUCACAGCACCACAGGUAUGUGUCUGCCCAAGCCCAGGUGUCUCAGAACAGCAUCCACGCAUCUUCCAACAGCAAUGACGUGUUGACGAGGGAGAACGAGCAGCUCAGGAGAGAGCUGCAGGUGUACAUCCAGAAGGCUGCCAGGCUGCAGAAGUUGGAGCUUGAGAUCCAACAGAUAUCAGAGGCGUACGAGACCCUGAUGAGAGGCUCUGCUAAGCGGGAAGCCUUGGAGAAAACUCUGAGGAAUAAACUGGAGGCGGAGAUUAAGAGGAUGCAUGAUUUUAACAGAGACCUCAGAGAGCAACUUGGAGCAGCUAACAAGCACAGAGCGGCUGGUGAUGCCGAGUGCUCAGACCCAAGGCAGCACAUCUUCGUUAAACUCCUGGAGCAAAACGAAGAGCAGCAGCGGGAGCGCGAACAACUGGAAAAGCAGAUUGAGCACCUGAAUGUGUCUGGCGAAGAGUGCCAGCGGAGAAGCGAGCGGCUGGAGCAGGCGCUGACCUCAGCGCAGAGCCGCAACCGGCAGCUGGAGGAGGAGCUGCACCGCAAGACGGCCUACAUGAAGAAAGUGGAGGGGCUGCAGAGCUCCCUCGCUCAGCUGCAGGCGGCAUGCGAGAAGAGGGAGGUCCUGGAGCUGCGGCUUCGCACCCGGCUGGAGCAGGAGCUGAAGAGCCUCAGGGCACAACAGACAACCAACCUCACAGCAUCAGAGCUGAGCUCAUCCACGCUGCAGCAGGAGCUGAGGGAAAAAGAGGAGCGCAUCCUGGCUCUGGAGGCCGACAUCACCAAAUGGGAGCAGAAGUACCUGGAGGAGAGCACCAUGAGGCAGUUUGCCAUGGACGCAGCGGCCACGGCUGCAGCACAGAGGGAUACAACGAUCAUCAACCAUUCGCCCAGGAAUUCACCAAACAGCAGCUUCAACGAAGACCUAACUUUAUCGAGCCACAGACACCAGGAGAUGGAGAACAGGAUCCGUGAACUUCACGCUUGGCUGCUGGAAAAGGACGCCGUGAUCAAAGUCCUGCAGCAGCGCUCCAGAUGGGAACAAGGCCGGCAACAGAAUCAGGCGCUCCGUCAGGCCAGGUCCGUCCCCUCCAUCAACACCCUGACGUGUGGCGCUUUAACUAAAGGAAAGAGCCUCUCGGAUGACCAGACAGGUGCUGCCAUCUUGAAACCCCUGUCCUUCGUCGUGGGCAAGGCGGCGACCCAAGACUCCAGCACCCAGAGUGAUGAGGUCACGCCGGGGCUGGACGUCACAGCAGAGAGGGACAGGUCACAGGUCAAUGAAGGGAUUCCAGCAGCUACGACCGGCGCCUCAGAGGAGCCGAAGGUCCCGCUCAAGAUGUUCAAGAGUUCAGACGCCGAGGCGAUCGAAAUCCUCAUAUGAGCCGCGACUUGCCUCUCAACAAGACCGAACCCUGUCCGAAACGUUUUCAUGAGGUAAAAGAAACAAAGUUCUCAGUGGAUGUGAGCUCUGCCGAGCGUGUGCAGUCCAGAGCGUGGAAGUGUGAUUCAAGAGGAGAGCGGAGUUUUCCGUUCGGCUGCUUCUGCACAUUUCACGAGUGAACGGGUGACGGGCGAUGUUGCACGAGGUACCUGGAAAGUAUUUUAGCGACGCAAAAGGAACUGGGCUGCUCAUAGUGCAUGGUGUUUGUCAUGAGUUGUGAAUUGUGUUUAUAUAUGUAAAUGCUGCUCCUUUUUGUCAUGUGACUGUUAUUUAGUUGUUUUUUCAUUAUUCUGUUUUUUGGUCUUAUCUUGACUUUACUGUAGCAUCCCCUGUAACCACGCCCUCCGCCAGUAACAUCUACUCAGAAAAACGAUGGCCUCCAUUCGGAAGCUGUGUUUUGAGAAACGGCUCCACCUUUAAAUGAGCAGAUGCUUCCUCUCUUUUAAACCACGACCCGGACCCUCAGUGGAGGAUUCAAAAGCUUCCCCCUGAAUGCCAGAGCUCAUGAGACGCCCGCUCGUUUCGCUCCUAAAAAAGCUUCCCGAGGAUUGACGGCACUUCACUGGGGUCCAAUUUUAUUUAUUUUUUCCCAGAUUCCCCGGCGUUGGCUUGCAGGGUUGGGGGGCCUCAGAUGGCGGCCGGCCACUGUUUCGUUCCCCUCGUCCAAUGACACGCUGGAGCUAAUCUUCUCGCAUUCCUCGCUGAGGGAAUGCUCCAGUUAAAGAAAAAGGCUAUCUAAAGUCUGACCCCUCGGCCUUGUUAAAAUGGCACGCAUUCUUUUGUGUGCUUGGACGCAUGCUUUUCUCGGCCCGUUUAUUUCCUCCCAGUGCCGGCGGCCGGUCCUGCCGUGCUGGAAGAGGUUUUCGACUAUAAUUGUCCUGCAUCUGCUCUUCUAUUUGCUGUCUCCAUCACUGUGUGAAAUACAUCAGUAUUUUAAAAAAAAUUGUUGUUUUUGCCACAGUUCCCAUAACAGAGUUGCUUAUAUGCUUAACAAGGAAUCUUCUAUUUAUUUCUCCUGCUUAGUGUAGGAUUACUGAACACUGUUGUAUGAAGACUACUGUUGUCGAGGAUUUUGGGUUAUGUUUAUAUAUAUGUAACUGAAAUGGGCCACAAUUCACUAUUUAGUGCUAAGAGCCACUAAAAUCCAACUUAAGGUGUUUAUCACAUGAAAAAGUCAUCGUCUAUUUAUUAUGCAGUUUUAUCUCUGAUGUUUAUUGUGUGAACAGCAACGAUUUAAAAGUAUAUUCUGAAGAGCACAAAUAGCAAACAAAACCUCACAUUUAAAUGUGUUUUCUUUUUCUCUUUCUCUCUGCUAAUUUCAUAUUUCCCAUCAUGGUGCAUUUGCAGGUCAAUGCCAUGUCUCAGUUUGUUGUUGUUGCUGUCCUCUUAUUUUGGAAAGUUGUUUACACGAAAGGCAAUUUGAAGUGAGAAGAGUUAAUAUAUUACGUCUGUUUCUUGUCCUCGUA